AUGGACAGCCCACGUAUUACUACACCACCGGCCGUCGCGCCUCUAACACGCCUCACCACCGAUCAAACACCGUAUACUACUACGCGCCAACAUCCUCUGGGAGCCCACGCCACCACCACCACGACUACGAGACGUAUGACGCCGCAAGGGACCGACAUCACCAUCAUGACAGACACUACCAUGACCGCCAUCACCACGAGCACCGUGGACGCGACAGUGAGCAUGUCACCUACGGGAAUCCAAGUCGCAGACGCCAUUCGCACUCAGAUGUUGGACAUUUUGACUUGCGUCGCCUUUUCGGAAUGA